CAUCACCCGUCCCGUCCCGUCCCGUCGCCCGCUCUCCCUCCUCCUCCCUCCCCGUUUCGGAUCCGGCGAAAGACCAGUCCAGCCCACCAGCCCAGAGCCAAGACCAGGCCCGCCCGCCCGCCGAUGGCGACCGACGCCGACGAGGCCCCGCUGCUCGCCGACGAGCCCCUGCGGCCGGGAUCCUGCAGCCGGGAGCUGGAGCUGCGGGAGUUCCGCGACCGCUACGUCUUCCGCUCGCUCGACGGCGGCGGCGCCUUCGCCGUCGCCCGCUCCGACGGCUCCCUCCGCCCCCUCUCCCCAGACGAAGCCGCCGCUGCCGGGAGCGAGAGCGACUGUAAGGUCUCCAAGAUAUACGGAGUGGCCGGUAUGAUCAGGUUGCUCGCCGGAAGCUACGUACUUGUCAUCACUUCUCGCAAGGAUGCUGGCUCUUAUGGGGCUUCCACGGUUUACCAUGCGAAUUCGAUGAAAUUCUUGUGCUGCAACGAGGCUAUAAAGCAUUUAACUUCAGAGGAAAAACGAGAUGAGGCAUACUUCAUGUCUCUCUUGAGAAUUGCAGAAACUACUUGUGGACUUUAUUAUUCGUACGACAGGGAUUUGACACUAAACUUGCAGAGGGCAUCAAAGCUGGCUGCAGGGAGGGUACAUAAGCCACUAUGGAAGCAGGCUGAUCCACGGUUUGUUUGGAACAGGAAUUUGUUAGAGGAGCUUAUUGAAGCUAAGCUUGAUGAGUUCAUUACCCCACUGAUCCAAGGAAGUUUUCAGACAGAGCAAUUCACCUUGAAGGAUAGACUAGUCAGAAUAACUUUAUUCUCUCGCAGAUGCAACAGGCGUUUAGGGACAAGAAUGUGGAGAAGGGGCGCAAAUCUUGAAGGUGCCACUGCCAAUUUUGUCGAGACAGAACAGCUGGUCGAGUAUGAAGUUUUAACAUCCUCAUUUAUACAGGUUCGGGGCUCUAUUCCACUUCUGUGGGAGCAGAUAGUGGAUUUAAGCUACAAACCACGACCCAUCAUUAUUGAACAUGAAGAAAUGACGAAGGUUGUUGAACGCCACUUUCACGAUCUUUCACAAAGAUAUGGAGAUACAAUGGUUAUUGAUCUGACUGAUAAACAAGGUGAUGAAGGAAAUUUAAGCAAUGCAUUUGCUGCUGAAAUGCAGAACUUUCCUGAUAUCAGGUAUGUGCACUUUGAUUUCCAUCAUAUUUGUGGUGGAGGGAACUUUGAUAACUUGCAAGUUCUCUAUGAUGAAGUUGAGGAAGUUAUUCAGAAACAAGGAUAUUUUCUUAUGGACUCUAAAGGAGAGAUAUUGUUGGACCAAAGUGGCGUCAUCAGGUCCAACUGCAUAGAUUGCCUGGACCGCACAAAUGUGACACAGAGUUUCUUUGCAAGAAAAUCUUUGGACUCACAGCUGCAGCAAAUGGGGGCAUUAUCAUCAGCUGAAAGUAUCUCUCAAUCUGAUAGCAUUAACGAUAAAUUUAAAAAAUUGUGGGUUGAGCAUGGUGAUGAGCUAAGCCUUGAAUAUGCCGGUUCUUAUGCUUUAAAGGGAGACCUUGUAAGGUAUGGAAGGCAGACACUGCCGGGAUUGAUUAAAGAUGGCAUGAGCGCUAUUUCCCGGUAUUAUUUGAACAAUUUUCAUGACGGAGUGCGACAAGAUGCUCUAGAUCUUAUCAGUGGUUACUACACGGUCAGCAAAAGCAGUUCUCCUUUUCAAAUCAUCGGAUUUGAAUCUGCACCAUAUCUUCCUGUGGCGUCAGCAAUCAUAGUUGGUGGGAUCACUGUCACAACUUUCACUCUUAGUCAAGUUGGACGGAGCGCACAACACCUCAUCUCGUCCAUUAUCUUCGCUGGUUUGACCGCCGGAGUGGCAGCCUUGGUGAAAGCAAAUGGAAAGCAGCUCUGCUCUAGACCUCGAUUAUGCGGUCUGAUCUAAUUUGCGACCCCUUUUCUCUUGCCCGGUUCUCAGAGCUUUGUUGUUGGAAUCUGAAUGAAUAUGAAGUGUUGAUAGCAAGCUUCCCGUCCACUGUCAGCGUAGAUAGAUUAAACAAGGAAGAUGUCGGCUUGCUGGUCCGGUAAAUCUGAAGUAAAUUUUGUAAACACAUGGUUAGAUUGUCUGGUUUCCUGGUAAAUAGCGGAUUGUGCAGUCAGAGGCACACCGUCUUACUGUAAACUAAGGUUAAAUUGUAACACUGGAUCCUACUGCACAGUUUGUGUAUCUUAAACCUGUGAAAUUGUCUACGCAGAAUUUAAAAUCACUGAAUUCGACAGGCA